GUUCUCGAAAUUCCGCGGCUGCGAUGGCGGGCACGGGCUUGGUGGCGGGCGAAGCCGUGGUGGAUGCGCUCCCCUACUUUGACCAAGGUUAUGAGGCACCCGGCGUGCGGGAAGCGGCGGCCGCGCUGGUGGAGGAGGAGACUCGCCGGUACCGCCCCACCAAGAACUACCUGAGCUACCUGACGGCCCCGGACUAUUCGGCCUUUGAGACCGACAUAAUGAGAAAUGAAUUUGAAAGAUUGGCUGCUCGACAACCAAUUGAAUUGCUCAGUAUGAAACGAUAUGAGCUUCCAGCCCCUUCAUCGGGUCAGAAAAAUGAUAUCACUGCAUGGCAAGAGUGUGUGAACAACUCCAUGGCCCAGUUAGAGCACCAAGCCGUUCGAAUUGAGAAUCUGGAGCUCAUGUCACAGCAUGGGUGCAAUGCCUGGAAAGUAUAUAAUGAAAACCUAGUUCAUAUGAUUGAACAUGCCCAGAAGGAGCUCCAGAAGUUACGGAAACAUAUUCAAGAUUUAAACUGGCAGCGAAAGAACAUGCAACUAACAGCUGGGUCUAAACUGAGAGAAAUGGAGUCAACUUGGGUAUCUCUGGUUAGUAAGAAUUAUGAGAUUGAACGGACUAUUGUACAACUAGAAAAUGAAAUCUAUCAAAUGAAGCAGCAACAUGGCGAGGCAAACAAAGAAAAUAUUCGACAAGACUUCUGAGAGAAAUUGUUUUAUAAGAAGGACGAGAAUGAUUGAACGAUUGAAUUAUAUGUAAAUUUAAUUUUUUUAAAAAAGGAAAUCAAAAAGUGGAAUAAAAAAAUAUUUUACCUAGGUGACGGAUAUGUUCAGAAACAAUCACUGCUCAAUUUGAUGUUUAUGUUUAAUAAAGACAUCUAUGAUUUUGUAACAAGUUUGGUUUCCACAGAUGACCAGGCAUCUGAACAGUUCCUGACCUUGAAGAACCAACAGCCACUAUGGAAACUCGGUGGCUAAAUUUUAGGAGCCAUAGAAUAUAUAAACAUGUAAAGUUUUCAACAUGUACAAGAAUUUGAGGGGAUUGAAAUGAAUGUGGUGAAACAAAAUGAGUGUGAAUUGUUGAUUGUAAAUGUGAUCAUCUACUUUGUAAAUAUUCCGCUAAGCUACAAUAAAAGUUUUGAUUUGUUUUUUUAA